UCACCCGGAAAUUCCUAUUUAUUUUAAUAAACAAUUUAAGCAGCUGCCUAUAAAAACAUUUAUUUAUAAUUCCAUAGCGUUACUAAAAUACGAACGUUGCCAUGGGCUUCCUCACAGUAUUAAAAAAGAUGCGACAGAAGGAGAAGGAAAUGCGCAUACUGCUGCUAGGUCUGGAUAAUGCCGGCAAGACGACAAUCCUGAAGCGCUUUAAUGGCGAACCGAUAGACACUAUCUCACCAACACUGGGAUUUAACAUAAAAACCUUGGAGCACAACGGCUACACCCUGAAUAUGUGGGAUGUCGGUGGGCAGAAGUCCCUGCGAUCCUACUGGAGGAACUACUUCGAGUGCACUGAUGGUUUGGUCUGGGUGGUGGACAGUGCUGACAGGAUGCGCCUAGAGUCCUGCGGCCAGGAGCUGCAAGUUCUGCUCAAGGAAGAGCGACUAGCUGGAGCCACACUCCUGGUUCUCUGCAACAAACAGGAUCUACCGGGAGCCCUCUCAUCCAAUGAAAUUAAAGAGAUACUACACCUAGAUGAUAUCACCACACAUCAUUGGCUGGUGGCCGGGGUUAGUGCAGUGACUGGCGAGAAACUGCUUAGCUCCAUGGACUGGUUGAUCGCCGAUAUAGCUAAGCGUAUAUUCACUUUGGAUUAAAUACAACUUAUUUUACUUCCUUA